AACAUGUCCAUUCUUUUGACAUGUGAUGUCAAAUUUACUUGCAUUAAUAUAUUAAAAUAUUAUUAAUCGUUGUUUUCAAGAUGACGUCACAUAAGAUAGAAGUAUGCCACUCCGCGGAUCUGAAGAAGCUGUUGGUGGAAGCGGGUGUGGUGUGCGCGAGGACUGUGCCUCAAUCAGAGGACAUUUCGCUUAGCUCGGAGGAAUCUGUCAAAGAUGAGCCAGUUCAAGAAAUAGAAGCAGAACAUGAACAAAUAGUAUUAGAAGAAGAACGAACGUAUCCCACUGAAGAGGUAGCGGAAGAACAGCCUGGAAUAUUUCCUACGCCAUCUCUAAGGAAAAUGUUACCCGAAAAAAUAAGAAUGAUCGAGAAACAUAAUCGAAUACAUGUUCUGCCAGAUGUUUUCAAAACUGAUAUAGAUCCUAUGAAGAUUCCCAGGAUAUGUAGUACACAUCCUCAGAAGUAUAUAAACGAAUUGGCAGAAAUCACAGGAUGUAAGAACUACAUGAACAGUUUAGCUGAGUUCUGGUUUUUGGAUACGUUAGCUAAUUUGUUGAGACGAGCUCAGGAGGACGGUUUUGAAAAAACUUCGCAGAUUGUGCUCAUCCAAUGGUUUUGCGAGUGGAUGAAGGAAAUUCAACAUUUCGACGCAGCGACGCGACAACGCAUGCUUAAGAGAUUUAAGGAUAUUAUGCUGCUAGCAGCAGGAUACCUGGCACAGUACGAUGAGUUGCCCGCGCCCGCGGAUGUGGGGGUGUCUUACAAGCCGGAGGAGACGUCUGGCGCCAGCCUGCCCCCCACAGCGUCUACUUCCAAGCAUGUAGUUACUUUUGAAGACUUUCAAUGUUGUCUCACUGAUUUAACGAAGAUAACUCAUUAUAUUUUUGAUUUGUAA